CGCGUCACAUCUACGAGCCCUGCCCUACGCUGGUCAACUGUUUCCGCAAAGAUGGUUGUCGGUGCCUUCCCUAUCGCCAAGCUCCUGUACCUCGGAGUGAGGCAGUUGAGCAAGCCUGUAGCGAACCGAAUAAAAGCAGGAGCCCGGAGAAGCGACUUCUUUAAGAAUUACAUCUGUCUGCCACCGGCACAGAUUUACCACUGGAUUGAGAUGAGAACAAAGAUGCGAAUUAUGGGCUUUCGGGGUUCCACCAUUAAGCCACUGAAUGAGGACUUGGCUGCAGAGCUGGGUGCAGAAUUGGUGGGAGAGGCAAUCAUAUUCCUCAUUGGUGGUGGAUGUAUGGUGCUAGAGUACAGCAGGCAGGCUGCUAACGCCCGCCGCAAAGAAGAGGAGCAGAACGAGACCAUCAUAAGCCUACAGACUCAACUAGCAGAACUGACACUAACCACAGAGACUCUAGAUGCUCAGCUGAGGGAGAUCAACAGGAAACUAGUGUCCUUUCCUCUUCCGACCAAAAAGUGAUUAAAUUAGUUCUUUGCUAUGUGACAUGACCCUGUUUGGUGGUUUGUGUGUGAAAGUACAAUAGUGCACAACCAUAGUAGUGGCAUAUGUACAGCUAGAUAACGACCCUGCUUCACACCGUCCCCGGCCCAUUAAGUUGGGUGGAAGAGGUGGAUAUACAGCCAAUCAGUGCGCUGUUUGGGUGCUCAUGUUUUGAGCAUCUUGUUGUAGGGGCUUGUAUUGCUAUGAUAUUCAUAGUGUAUUUCUAUGGUUGAUUUCGCAUGUUCAUUAUAAAGUUGUAUAUAAACAUUUACAAUAAAUUGCAAUAGCAUCCUUGAAUUUAAUAUAUUUUAUAACAGCUCCAGCAUAUUACUUUUAUCUUUAUAUUUCAGUGAUCCUCAUUCACCUUAAUCACUUAGGAAACUAAUUUUCAUGCUUCAUUUCAUGCAUCGAUUGUGAGUGAGGCCAAAAACAAACAUCGGGUCACAUUAUUGGACACUUUUUGAGAGUCUCUGCCCUUUCAGUUUCAUAGACAUGUUGUGUUUACACUGUAAAUCACUUAUGAUUCAUGUACAUUGGAUGUUAUGAAAAAAUUAUGAAAUAAAAUGGUACCCUGUGUG